UGCUCUCGUUCGCAAUGAAAUCCGGGCUUGUAGUGAUUGUUCUUUUCCUUUUCCUUCUGAAAGAACAUCCUUUAGCUGGUGCAAACUCAAUCAAGGAUGUAUCAAAGGAAUCCAUUUAUGAGAGUGCUGAAAACAAAUCCAACAGUUAUUGUUUUUCGAUCUUUAAGCCUAUUCUUGAUUAUUUCGUGAAAAAUGCCGACGAAGCCAAAGCUGAAUUGAGAAAGACCAUUGAGGACUUACAGAGUCAGUUGAAAAAUGCGAAGGAUCGAAUCGAAGUAAAAGAUAUACUUAUGAGUGUGAAAGAUGAAAACAUCUCGGACCUACGGAACCACAUUAAAUCGCUUGAGACAACGCUAUCGGAAAGAUCCAAACAGCUUUCGGAGUGCCGUGAGUCUGAUUUUCCGGACACAUGUCCCAGUGGCGGAGCGAAUGAGGUUUACCAAAUAAAACCUCGGGGAAUGGAGCCAUUUAAGGUGCCCUGUGUGUCCUCUGCAGCCGGUUGGACGGUAAUCCAGAGACGUUUCGACGGAUCCGAGAACUUCGACAGGAACUGGACAGAUUAUAGACAAGGAUUUGGAAAUAUCAGGGGAGAAUUUUUCAUUGGCCUGGAGAAACUACAUCGAAUGACCGUCGCUCGACCCCACGAACUCUACAUUAAGCUGGGCAAGGUGGACGGAUCCACCAGUUACGCUCGCUAUGAUGACUUUCAAAUUGGCAGUGAAGCAGAGUCGUAUGAGCUGAAGAAGACGGGGAAGUACUCCGGAGAAGCCGGUGACUCCAUUGCAAUGCAUCUUGGUAAUAAGUUUUCCACAUUUGAUCGGGAUAAUGACAGGGAUACCAGACAUUGCGCCGGUAACAAAUGCGGUGGUUGGUGGUACAAUGACUGUGCUCAAAGUUCGCUCAAUGGACAGUACUAUAAAAAUGGCCAAAGUGACGAAAAAAAUGGAAUUAAUUGGGCUUCAUGGCAUGACUAUACCUAUACGAUCUCGCUAACCUUUGCCGAAAUGAUGAUAAGGCCCAAAUCCCUGUGAGCCGCAUA